AUGACUGAAUUGGGAAAUUAUCUGAUAGGUAUUUAUUAUAAAGUGAAUUAUCAUUUAAGGCAAAACUAUAGGUGAAGGAACAUUUGGAAAAGUGUGUCAUGCCAAACAUUAAGUAUUAGGUCAUGAUGUGGCUGUAAAGAUUUUAGAAAAGAAGAGAAUCAAUGAUGAAUUAGAUAUUGAAAGAGUAAAGAGAGAAAUAACUAUAUUGCAAAUGUUGCAUCAUCCAAAUGUGGUGUAGCUCUAUGAAGUUACUUAUGUAAUUAUGAUUAGAUGAUUGAAACUGACACACAUAUUUAUUUAUUUAUGGAAUAUGCAGACGGUGGAGAAUUAUUUGAUUAUAUCGAUUUAAAGAAGAGGUACUCUUGAAGUAAUCUGAUUAGGAUCAAUGAAGUUGAAGCAUGCAAAUUCCUACAUGAAAUUAUUUCAGCAAUCUAAUAUAUUCAUUAAUUAAGAAUAGUACAUAGAGACUUAAAGCCAGAAAAUCUACUUUUAACAGCUUAAAAGAAUAUCCUAGUUGUUGAUUUUGGACUAAGUAACACCUAUGAGGAUACUCUAAAGACUGCUUGUGGAAGUCCAUGUUAUGCUGCUCCUGAAAUGAUAUAAGGCAAACCUUAUUAUGGAUUAUAAACUGAUAUCUGGAGUUGUGGUGUAAUCCUAUAUGCAAUGUUAUGUGGAUAUCUCCCUUUUGAAGAUAAUAAUACAUAAGUUCUUUAUAAGAAAAUUUUGACUGCUGAUUUUCACAUACCUAGAUAUGUUUCAUUAGAUGGCAAAGACCUUAUUAAAAAUAUACUAGCUGUUGAUCCUACUAAAAGGUUUAAUAUUGAAUAAAUCAAAUAGCAUAAGUGGUGGUAACUCUGGAAAUCAGAUGUAUCAAUUUUUAUUUAUUUAGAAUGUCUAAAUGACACCUUUCAAAGCAUCCUUUAAUAAGAUCUCUUGUACACUUUUGCCAAAUAGUAUUUAUAAAUCAUGUGUAAAAAAAAAUAUUGAAAGAAAUAUUUCUGAAGAUGUGAAGACUUGUUGUGACACUGCUCAACAAUCUAUAGAUAUACAAUUUACAGACAAAGAAGAUUUUAUUAAUAAGUCAAUUAUUAAAGAGGAAAUCAAAUAGAAUCCUCAAAUUUAAAAAGUAGAAGAAGAUUUAGAUUAAUAAUUUACUAAUGUUGAAGAUCACUUUGAAUUCUAAUAGUCUAUGCGAUCAUUAACUAGAUAGAAAUCAAGUUAAUCAAUUUAAUCUAUAACCCAUCUUCAUACAUAAAUUGAUUCUCCCUUAAAAUAAUAAAAUUAGGCUGUUAAAACCAAAUAAUCUAUUCCAACUAAAUAAUAAAACUCUCAAAUUAACUAAGUUAUACCAAAAAAACCUGUUUUAACUUAAUAACAACAACAAACUUUAUAAUAAAAGAAAUCAAUUACAAAAACAGUACCUUCAAAAUCUUUGCAUGAACCUCCAAAUUUUGAGAGCAAAUUAGCUAAAUAACCAAAUACACCAAGCGCUAAAUAGUAAAAUAACAAUUCUACAAUCUCACAAAAUCCAUCUAAUAAUUCACAAUAGGUAAGUCAUCAUUUGAAAACUGAAAUCCCAAAAAAGAAUUCUAUACCUCCUGUCAAACUGAGCAUCAUUUAGGAAUAAUUAAAAGAAAAUAAGGAAAAGUCUCAUUCUCUAAAAACUUAGCCUACUUAAACUAAAUAAUAAUAAAUUUAGUAACAAGCAUAAUAAUAAUAAUAAUAAUAAAAAUAAUAGAUUAAUUUAAAUAAACCCUAAAAUUUAUAUAAAACACCAAUUAAAUAAAAUACUCCUUAAAUAAAUUCAACUAAAAGAUCACUUCAUUAAAAAUAAGCAAGUCUGUAAAUGGAAAGAUAAUCCUUUCAUACUUAAUAAUCUAAUGUCGAAGAAAAUUCUAUACUCUAAUUUAAUGAUAAUCCAAAACCAUCUAUUGAAAAUACUAAACUUAUGGUCGAAAAAUUCACUUCCAGACUCAAUAAUGUCAUUAUUCCUUCCUAAUUAAAAUAAACAUAAAAGCAAGGCAUCUAAGAUAUUAAAGGAAUAGAAAAUUAUUAUGGUCCAUACAAUAUUUCUUUCAUUACAACAAAACAUCCUUAAUUAUUUUUGAAAGGAAUCCAAAAAUACCUAGAGGAGAAAUAUUAAUUAAUAUAAAUAUAAGUAAAUAUUAUAUAUUAUAAAUAGAACUUUUAAAAUGGAUUUAUGUUCAAUAUUAAUGGAUUAAAAAUUGAUUUCAAAUUAUUUAGAAUUGAACACUUAGAAAUAUUUUACUGCUAGAUUAAUUGCGAGAACUCUAAAAAUAUCGUUAAUAAUACAGAUUUCAACACAAUUAUCUAUGAUCUGCAAACUAAUUUUAAAUUUUGA